CGGCCGACACUCCAGUUGGCGGUAUGUCCGUCGUCGGCGCUGGAAUUCUCCGAAAAUGACGUACUACGCAUUUCUACAGUAAUCACAGUCAGACCGCGUUUCUGACGACUCGUAUCUUCGACAAAUUUACGUAUUACGGAGACAAACAAUAGUAAAAAAAAAAUCAUAAUAACAAACAAGUGAAUUGAGAGAUCGAGUGAAUAGGCGGUGGGCAAACGCAAAAAGGGGAGGACAAACCGAGUGCUUUUUUAUUUAAUUUUUGAUAAGGGUGUGGGCCCACACGACGCCAGGAAACACUGGUCCGAGUGCUCGACGUCGGACUUCUCCGAGGACGAGAGGAACUCUAAUGAUCUAGGUAAAAUUGUUGGAUACAAGAGAAAAAACAUGGACGGAGAUGCUUCAGACUGCAGCAGACGUCCCCCGACUAGGGUUUUCAAGAAAUCAAGUCCCAAUGGCAAGAUGACGGUUUAUCUCGGAAAGAGGGAUUUUGUCGAUCACAUCACACAUGUAGAUCCAAUUGAUGGCGUAGUUCUAAUCGAUCCUGACUACGUCAAAGGCCAAAAAGUAUUCGGGCACGUCCUGGCGGCAUUCAGGUAUGGCAGAGAAGACCUUGAUGUACUCGGUCUGACAUUCAGAAAAGACCUCUAUCUAGCCGCUGAACAAAUUUAUCCAGUACCAAGUACCCAGCCACACAGGCAACUCACAAAAUUGCAGGAGAGACUGUUGAAAAAAUUAGGGGAAAAUGCUUAUCCAUUUUAUUUUGAAUUACCACCCCAUUGUCCUGCCUCGGUGACGCUCCAGCCAGCCCCUGGUGACAUGGGUAAGCCUUGUGGAGUGGAUUACGAGCUGAAGACGUUCGUCGGGGAUACACAGGAUGAUAAGCCGCAGAAAAGGAAGUCGGUGAAGUUAGCUAUUCGUAAAAUAAUGUACGCCCCGUCCAAACAAGGUGAGCAGCCGUCGGUGGAGGUCAGUAAAGAAUUCAUGAUGUCACCUAGCAGAUUACACUUGGAAGCUUCUCUUGAUAAAGAGCUCUAUCAUCACGGUGAAAAUAUCGCUGUUAACGUGCACAUCGCUAACAACAGCAACAGAACAGUCAAGAAGAUCAAAGUAUCAGUGAGACAAUUCGCUGAUAUCUGUUUGUUCUCCACAGCGCAGUACAAGUGCAUCGUAGCCGAGGCCGAGAGCGAUAUAGGGGUAGCACCAGGAUUCACCUUGAGCAGGGUAUAUUCCCUAACGCCAACCCUUGCCGACAACAAGGACAAGCGUGGCCUCGCCCUAGAUGGGCAGCUAAAACAUGAGGACACCAAUCUAGCAUCUAGUACCAUGGAGGGUACGACAGUCGGUCCUGGUUUCACGCUGAGCAGAGUUUUUACGCUGACACCGCUGCUUGCCAACAACACUGAUAAAUGGGCCCUUGCCCUUGAUGGCCAGCUCAAACACGAGGACACCAAUUUGGCGUCCAGCACCCUCGUUGCGGAUCCAUCGCAGAGGGAGAACCUCGGCAUCAUUGUUCAGUACAAAGUCAAAGUGAAACUUUGUCUGGGUCCACUGGGAGGUGAGCUCGUUGCAGAAUUACCGUUUAUCCUGAUGCAUCCUAAGCCUGAGGAGGAGGAACAGCCAUCUAGACCAGCCCCAACACAAAGGAUCGAGAAUGGCGAUACCCAUGUGAAUAACGAAGGGAAUUUAAUUCAAUUGGAUGCAGAUGACCACGAGGAUGACAUAAUUUUCGAGGAUUUUGCCCGCCUGAGACUCAGAGGAGAAGAGCCUGAUUCAUCUCCCUAGGGCAGAAUGAAAGUCCAAACGUCUAAAUAACGAAACACCUGAUUCGAAAAAAAAGCGCUCUCUCCAGUUCCCACAGGAGAAAAUAAAAAGGCGAAAUAAAAUGAGAACGAAUCAAUCACAAGGAUGACGAAGACACCGUCUUCGAAUGCUGUAAAUUAAUUCCCGUGUCUCUGCUUUAUCGAUAAAUGUGCUGAUGGUAUUAAAAAGAGAAAAACUGAACCAUGAGAGCAUCCUUUUCACCUUCAUUUUAUCAUUAUUUAUGCGAUCGAUGACCGAUUACGCUUAUUAAUUUACUGACAAGUUUUAAUAUCAUUUUUCAAAGGGAUCACAGCACUUGUACGUGCAGGCACGAGUAAGAAUAUUUUACUACACGAUUGUGACAAAUUUUCUAACGACAGAUAGCACAAUUUUUUUUGUCAUUUGUUGUGGCACAAAUGUAAAAAUCACAAUUUUUCAACUAAACUAGAAAAGCUUUGAAUGUCGAUUUUUAUAUUACCGUUAUUUAUACAAAUUUGUGGAGAAUUAAUUGCAGUGGAAAAACGAGAAAUUGCGCUGCGUUUAUUUCCUUCGUUUAUUUAAAGUUUUUCUACCUCGAGUUUAUGGAGAUUUUUUAAAUACAAAAGUCAUUGGUUAAACGAACUUUCCGAUUGGAAUUGAUGAUCGGCUGAGAUUAAUCGAGGCAUUUGAACAGUCAAUUGGAAUCAAGUUUAUUUAUUUUCAUUUUUUGACAGUCUUUAUGAUAUAUUGUGCUUAACACAGAAAAUUUUACACUGUCUGUGCUUUUCAGAUACUCAAGAAGGAAAAUGAUGAUGAAUUUGGAGUAUCGAGUAGUCACGUGUUAUGAAGUGAACAAAAGGGAGAAUAUUUUGGGGAUUAAUCGAGUAACGAGGAGAUUAAUGUCGGAAUUCUGUCACUAAAAUUCAAUCCACGAGCGUAGAGUUAAUUCAGGAAUAAAUCACAUGCUUUGACAUUCUCCUGUUGCCUAUUUUUUUAAUUUCCUAGUGAAAACCAGAUAUCACAAACAAAAAAAGCACGAAAAUAGUUGAACUGUCACCUUGCCAAAGUUGAAACUGUUCGUUUGAGGAUAAUUGUACCUUUGGACGGAAAAAGAACGUGGGAGAAUAGAAAACUAAUCAAUGAGGGCAUGUUGCACAGCAACGAAAUGGAAUUUAGAAAGUAAUAUAAUAAUUUAAGAUUAAACACUAUUUGUAAAUGUCUAAUUAAUAUUUAAAAUUCGAAGUAAUGAAGGAGAUUGAAUAAUGAACGAGGGCUUGUGCGAAUGCGAGUGUCCGAAAUUGUGAAGAGAUUGUAAAUUUUACGUAAUUCCAUUUUUGUGAAUAAUAAAUUGAGACUAAAAUUAAUGACUGGAUUACUCUGGGGUUGAGGGAAAUAAAGAAUUGACGUGGAAAGUGUCGAGCAAUAAACAAUCUAUUUAUUUUUCUCUGUUGUUUCACUCAACUCCAAAGUCCAAAGGACUCGGAAAAUUAAAUUGUCGGAAUAAUAUUUAGAUAGAGUUUUCAAAUAAAUACCUCGCAAUAUAAAGGAGAAAUAAUACUUCAUCGAUGGAAAAUGAAUCCUUUACAUUUCGAGUUAUUCAAUAAAUCGAUUAACUUUUGAUUGGAUAUAGUGUUUCGUCUCUUCACGACUGAAAUCAGAACAAUAAAUCAUGGAAUGACUAGAAGCCGGAUAAAAGUAUUAUUUCAUCUCCAGAUAUCUGAAACAAUUGAUACCCUUGGAGAUUAUCGGUGGAGAGUUAAUAGCUGAUGGACAAAUAACGAAUCUAUUGUAUUUCAACAACGAGAGUAGAUAAUAAACAAAACAUCACGUGAAUUAAUACGAGAAUUUUUCGAAUGUUGAAAAAUGAAGAGUUGAGUGAUUCCUCUUUUUUUAAGAGAAAAAUCUGAAUUGUUGGAGGGGAAAGGGAUCGUAAUAGGUGGAGAUAUACGAGAGCAUUAGAUAGACAGUAAUGGAAUAUAUAUAAUAUAUAUAUGUAUAUGCAUAAAUUGUGUAUUCUCGUUUAAUGACUGUAAUAAUUUAAUAAAUCCUAUAUAUUGGA